AAUCGAUCACUGGAACAAUGAGAAGGAGCGUCUCGUCCUCAUCACAGACUGGUCCCUCCUGGUCUGCAAGUACAACUUCAUCAGCCUGCAGUGCCAGCACGUGACGAGGAUUGCCCUCAAUGCCGUGGACACCAUCUCUGUGGGGGAGUUCCAGUUCCCCCCGAAGUCUCUGAACAGGAGGGAAGGCGUGGGUAUCCGCAUCCAGUGGGACAAGCAGAGCAGAGCAUCCUUCAUCCACAGGUGGAACCCGUGGUCCACCAACAUCCCCUACGUCACCUUCACCCAGCACCCCAUGGCAGACGCGGACGAGAAGGUCGCGUCGCUGUGCCGGCUGGAAAACUUUCAAACCCAGCUGAUCCAGGCUGUGAAGAAUGCCCACAAGGAGGGCACAGCGCCCGGAGGGGCUAACGGUGUGUUGGUGCUGGAGCAACCCAUCCUCAUCGAGACCUACCUGGGACUCAUGUCCUUCAUCAACAACGAGGCCAAACUGGGCUACUCCAUGACCAGGGGCAAAAUUGGAUUCUAA